CUCCCGGGCACGCCGUUCCCGCCGGCCCGCGCAGGCGCGCAGCCGUCCUGUGCCGGAAGCGGAAGUGGCCGGCGGGACGUUGGGGAGCGAGAGCCGUGGGGGAGCGAGAGCCGUUGGCGGUGAGCGUUGCUGCUGUUGUGUGCCGCCGCCUGCCCAGUCGCCGGCGUCAUGGCGGCCGCGGCGCUUCCCCCUUUGCCGCCGCAGUUCAAGAGCAUCCAGCAUCAUCUGCGAACCGCGCAGGAGCUGGACAAGCGCGAGCCGGUGGUGGCGUAUUACUGCCGUUUGUAUGCAAUGCAAACAGGGAUGAAGAUUGAUAGUAAAACCCCGGAAUGCCGUAAAUUUUUAUCGAAGCUUAUGGAUCAGCUGGAAGCUAUGAAAAAGCAAUUUGGUGAUAAUGAAGCUAUUACUCAGGAGAUUGUUGGUUGUGCUCACGUAGAGAAUUAUGCUUUAAAAAUGUUUUUGUAUGCAGACAAUGAAGACAGAGCUGGGCAGUUUCAUAAAAACAUGAUAAAAUCCUUUUAUACUGCAAGUCUUCUGAUAGAUGUUCUGACGGUAUUUGGGGAGCUUUCUGAAGAGAAUGUUCAGCACAGGAAGUAUGCCAGAUGGAAGGCAGCAUACAUACAUAACUGCUUAAAGAAUGGAGAGACUCCUCAGCCUGGUCCUAUUGGAAUGGAAGGAGAAGGAUUUGAUGCUGAAAGAGAAGAAGCAGGCUCAUCUUCUCUCCAUAGUGGAACAACUCAACCAUCAUCAUCAUCUACUGAUGAAGCAAACAAUAUACCAACUAGUAAUUACACUGGCAUACAUAUACCACCAGGUGCCCAUGCCCCAGCCAACACUCCGGCUGAAGUACCUCAUAACACAGGUGUGACAAGUAACACCAUUCAGCCUGCUGCACAAAAUAUUCCUCUAGUAGAUCCUUCCCUUUACAGUGCUCAGUCUGCAGGGGAAGUCCAUUUGACUCCAGAAGACUUUGCCAGAGCUCAAAAAUAUUGCAAAUAUGCUGGCAGUGCUUUGCAAUAUGAAGAUGUGAGCACUGCUGUUCAGAAUUUACAGAAGGCCCUCAAGUUACUGAUUACAGGCAGAGAAUGAAGCCUUUGUCCAACAGAUUCAUGUCUUUUGCCUAAAGAACUAACAGUUUAUUAUUGUACCUGUUAGGGGAAUGGAGUUAUACAAAAGUUCUCAAUUCCAUUUCCCAUGACAAUGAAAUCACUGUUUCAAUGUCAGAUUACCAAUUAAUGGUGCAGUAGGAAUCUCAAACAGUUUUCAUUUUCGGCUCAGUGGAGCUAGAAAUAUAUGGAUGCAGUGGAUUGAUAUAAGCAAAAUACUGAAGAAUGUACUGCGAACACUGCUCAAGAGUUAGAAUUCAUGUUGCAAUAUUUAGACUACUGGAGGGGGAAAAUGCUGAAUCUGUAAAACCUUGAGCAGACGAGUGUUCUGUUAAAAUUCUAAGUUUGAUUUUAUUAUUUCGAACAAAUAUUUAAUAAGUAUAAUAACUUUGCAAUAGUAACUAAGAUUAGGGCUUUCCUUCUGAAAUGAGAGCAUGUGAAAGGUCUGACAGAUCCACAAUGGGAAGGAUUUCUUUCAGUAUGUAAAUUAUUUUGAUAUCAUCUGAGAUUCAAGUCAAACUUGAGGCAGACUUGAGGGCGUUUAUAUUUUGUUUUAAAAUUCACUGGAAAAUCAUGUCUUGAUACUUCAGACAGCCAUUUUGAUGGUGUUUCAACUCUGUCUCCCACAACUUUAUGAACUGCAAUGUGUAGUCUUGAUAUUGGUUCUUGCUCCUUUUGAAUGAACACUUAAAAUUUUGUAUAUGUAUGAGUAGUUAAGAGAAAGUACUAAUAUUAAUCAGAGAUAAUCCUGAAACCAGAAGACAGAGAUUCUAAACACUGUGAGCUUUCAGGGAGAUUUACUUCACAGCUGUUUCGUCUCUUUAGUAGGCUGAAUCAUAGACCAGUUUUUCAACAAUUACUGCAGUCAAUCUCUGGUAUUAGUGUUAUUGAGCAUGGUGUUUCCAGUUAAUAUUCUCUGUCUGCUUUGUUGUGGAGACUUUUUGGACUACAGAGUUAAUUAAAAUGUCUUGGAAAUUGAAUUUCAGGUCUUUAUAAGGUCUGUCCUUGCAAUUAUAGAGCUCUUGAUUGUUAAAAAUCCAUCCAUGCUGUCUGAUUUAUGUAAUACAUUUUAAUGUCAGAUUAUCUAGUAUGUCUUUUUUUCCAAGUUGCCAGAUGAAGUAUGUGCAUCCUUUACGGCUGCACCAUUUUCCAGUGACUAAAAUAUACCUGAUAUUUAAAACAAGAAGAGGAGGAAAAGAAAACCAAACAAACAUAAGGAUGCAUUAAAUUUACCUGGUCAUAUCCUAUUAAGAGAGCAAAAUCUACUUAACAGCAAAUUCGAAAAGAGUAGUAUGAAAUUUAUUAAUGUAUCCUAAAGCAUUUAGCUGAGCAAGAUUUAAUAGAUAAAACAGGUCUGGUAUUAUUUUUGUUUUGUUUUAUGCUGUGGGAUGGUAUGCUAACCUGGACCAUAGUUUGGAUUAGAUUUGCAUUGGUUUGGGAAGUUUAGAAUUUUAAACGUUUUGGACAGUAAUGCUCUGUAAACGUAGGCAGUGAGCCUGUGUUUUGUACAGUGCUUUGUGCAAGUUAAAUCCUUCAGUUAGCUUCGGUAUCAAACUGAAUUACUGUAAGUUUUUCCAUUUAUAUUAUUGUGGGGUUAUGCGGUGAUUUGAAAAGCUGCAUUUUGGGUAAGGGAGGAUGGGGGACAUUCAUCCGUGUAGAAAUAUAUAUUGCAUUACUAUAACAAUCAUGGUUUCCUUUCAUUUGUGGAUCAUACUGCUAUUUAUAAACAUUAGUUUCAGUCUCCAACACCUGAAGGAGGAAGGUCAGUUUUCCUGUUUCUAUUUAUAAAAUAAUUAAAAGAAUUUAUGGGCUUUUGUAUUACACAAAAAAUAAGCAAGAUAUGUUAUAACACUGUAUUAAUUAGAAGCUUUUCAAUUACAGUUGAUUUUUUUCUUAGAGAUUAAGUGAUGUGAUAAGGAAGUAAAUAACUAAGAAGGCUGCAAACUAAAUUUAAGUAUUUCUUAAAGAGUAUAACAGAUUGUUUGUUGGUCAUGUUUAUGUUGAACCUCUAGAAAACCGGAGAAUCACCAGUGAAAAAGCCAUAAGCAGUUUGAGUGAACACUUACAAAUGUGCAAGUUUCCUGUGUCUAGAAAAAAAUAAAACAACUGUCACUGAAUGGAAUGGAGAUGAAAAUCCUUGUACAAAACUUGAAGAAUUUCAUGGAGAAGCUAUCUGGAUGUUUUUUGUUAAAAAUGAAUUUUAGAGAAUUUGCCAUAUAAAAUUCUCGUGAACUCUGGAAAAUUAAAGAUACCAUGGUAUGGAAGUUAGCAUUAGGGUAUCUGAAUUAGCACAUUGAAGAAUUUUAUUUUAUUUAAAAUUAUUUUGUUCUGAUUAUAUUUUUAAUUAGUAUAUAUUAGUUAUAAAAUUAGUAUAUUAGUUAUAAAACAGUUCACCAUACCAUGUUUGAAGCCAGCUAUUUAAGCUGCUGGCAUUUGAUGCAAUGUAAUUCUUUAGGUUUUUUAUGGAUGCUGAAAGCAUUUGUGCCACUCUGUUUGACUUUGCUUAGAGUUCCAAGUUUAAAGUAUUUGUUGCAGUUGAUUCAGCUUGGAGAAAAGACCCAGUGUUUGUAAUAUUUUGCUCUGUGAAUAAACACUUUCUUUUUGAAUAUUUAUCAUCUAAACUGGUGCCUAAAGCAACUUGUAAAUAGCAAAGAAUAAUAAAUUGCAUUAAGUACAGCCAUGUUUGGGACAGCUUGAGUGUGUCAGAUAGCCUGAAAGUUCAAAACAAUGUUGCAGAACACUCAGGAGAAUGUGGACAGAUAGCCUGUAAAUAUUCUAAAUUCGAAUUUGUGGCAGACACUAGAAUUUAUGGCCUUAUUGCUAAAUACUGUGUGAGCUUUAAGUGCUGAACAAUUGAUUUUACAGCCCCUCUGAAUGAUAAAUUGGCCACCUAUAGUUCCCUCUUAAACCAAUUCCCAACACAUACACAUCAGUUGACAACCCCUUUCCACUCUAUUUGGCCUUUCUCUUUUUCAUUAUGAGUUAUCAAUCUACUUUGGUGUUUAAAAAACGAGAAAGAAACGUUUUCUUCAGAUAUUCCAUGUUCAAUUUUGCUAUUUAUGUAAGAUAUUUUAGUAAAUCUGUUCAAUGUUUGUUUUUUAUAAGGUUUUUGGUAUUCUUUAGUAUUUUUACAGUUUUCUCUAUACUUCCACCUAUCUGCAGGAAAAGUUCCCUAUUAGACUUCAGAAUUCCUAUAAAAUGUUUUGGAAGGUAUCUUGCAACUUCUGUAUGAAAUGGAGAUUUUUUUGAAAGUGUUCUAAUUGAAUUUACUAGUACUGGAGGUGUUCCUUUAAGAAUUGUUCCAGUCAUUUCAGGAAUUUUUAACGGAUGUCUAUUGUAGGUGAAGUUUCAAAGGCACACACUUAGGUGUGAUCGUAUUCCAAGAUGUGAUCCUAAGUGUAGUAUAUGGUCCUAUAUUGUCUACCAGACAUUAACAAUAAAGAAACUUACUGUGUGA